AUGUCUCGUCACCCGUCCCCGGGGCCCUCCCAGUCCCUCCACUACGGCCAGGUCCUCCAGGCAUCGGCGCCCACCCACCCCUCGCGUCAGAAGUCGAGGGCGUAUGCCACGGCGGUCGCUGCUGGCGCGGAGGAUAUAAAAUACCAGCUCAAGUAUAAGGAGUUGAAACGGAAAGUGAAGGAGAUUGAAGCGGACAAUGACAAGCUAUACUUUAAAGUGCUUCAAGCGAAGAAAAACAUUCAGAGGAUGAGACUGGAGCGAGCGUAA